AUGCCAAAGAUGUGGCUUCUGGUACGUUCCGUACUCGUGUGCUUCAUUGUUGCAGCAAAACCAGGUCACAGUCAGUCUACAGCAUGUGGGGGAGAACUCGUCGAACAAAGCGGGGUGAUAUCUUCGCCUAACUACCCGAACAACUACCCCGACAACGCACGCUGUCAAUGGACUAUCACAGCCAAGGAAAACGAAGUCGUUGAUCUCAGAGUCUAUGAUGGCGCCACGGUCAACUCUCCACUUCUGGCAGUCUUGUGUAGAAUUAUGAGCCAGACAGAGCUGGCUAGAACCAUAAUCCGGUCUACAGGAAACAGGAUGCUGGUUGUCUUUGAGUCUGACGACAGCGGCCAGAGACCCGGGUUUGUGGCCAGCUUCUGGUCACAUGGUAAUU